UUAUUAAAAUAUAAGUGAAAACAGAAAACCUUUGGGACACAUAAACUAGUAAUUAAUCUACAAAAUCUUGAGGAACAUAAUUAUAGUAAUGCUAUUUGUAUUCAAACCCACGACAACAAAUCAACACUAAUAAGAACAAUAUUGUGCUUCCUAGAACUUUCCAAAAAGUCUAUAAAAGUUUGCCGGAGGUGUCGUUUAGUGGUCCAAAGCUAUGAGCCGUUCCGAACAAGUGUUUUUAUCUCUGCCAUUAUGCUGUCCAUCAGAACAAAACAUGUUUGAAUCCGUUACCAAAGCCUGAAUGAAUGUGGAGUUGUUAUCAAGUUCUUCUUAUUCCAACCAGCUGAGGCUCACCUUUCACUCCACAUUGAUGUAAUUGGCAUGAAACUCCUCAUUCAACUGAAAUGGAGCCUAGGAUUUGGACAAAUUGGGAUAACAGCUUCAUUUCUGAAAGAAUUUCAGGCUAAAACUAAACAGAAAUGCCACACUGCAUCGGCAGCAUAGUUUCUGGAGACUUACGGAAGGCAGAAGGUUGUAGAACACAAAUCUCCAUUUUGUGUUUCUCAUAUGGAAUUUAGAGUUAAACUGUCUUCACUUUAGACGUUCGUCUCUACUCUUUAAGGAAGAAGCUAAAUGUUUUAUAGAGCCACACUCAAAUUGAUUGCUGCCAAAGUUUACUCUAGGUCAAAGUCCUUUGGUUUGUGGGUUAGUUUCCUCUACCACACUCCCCCUGGUCUUAUGUCAAGAAUUGGAUUGCAUCUCAACUGACUCAUAGUUACAUGUUUUCCUGCAUACUCCACAGCUGACGCCAAUAUUUUCAUUCAUUGUUUCUGUGGAUCCUUAUCAUGAUGCUGUAGGGUUGGGAGGGGAGAUCCUGUUAUCUCUGAUUUUGUCCAAUAGGAUUCUGAGCUCAUUCUGCUUCCCCACGUGGAGCACUGGAAUGAAAAAUGUUGCUGAUUUCUCUCCAGAGUGACAGGCACUAAGUGCAAGCAUCAGUGAGACUCAGCCCAACUGGUUAUUUGGCAUCAUGUAGACCACUAUUUCCCAAUCUACAAGUGCAUCAUGCAUUUGGUGUGCUGGGGAGCCGCCUAGGGCGUGUCAUAGUCCAGGGUUUCCUCAUUUCCACCAGCUUCCUGUUUGUCACUUCUCUAGCUUCUAACUGUCACUGCAGCCAUAUCUCACUCUUCAGCCUGAUGUCAAAAGCAAAAGUACAGAAGUCCUCUGGACAGGUGAAGCUCACCUAACGAGGCAUGCCUAUGAGGUGGUUAUUCUUAACAACAGCCUGUUUGAUACGUGGAACUUUAAGUGAUAGUGGACUCUCGGAUUCUGACAAUGACGUGAAUCCUGAAGUGUGGAUGAAUGCCAGUGAAAUCAUCACCUACAACGGCUACCCCAGUGAAGAGUAUGAAGUCACCACCGCAGAUGGGUACAUUCUCGCCAUCAACAGGAUUCCUCAUGGGAGAGCACAGACUGAACAGACAGGUCCCCGGCCAGUUGUGUAUCUGCAGCAUGCCUUGUUUGCAGACAAUGCCUAUUGGCUUGAGAACUUUGCCAAUGGAAGCCUUGGGUUCCUCUUAGCAGAUGCGGGUUAUGAUGUGUGGAUGGGAAACAGUCGGGGAAACACUUGGUCAAGAAGACACAAAACUCUCUCAGCAAAUGAAGAGAAAUUCUGGGCUUUUAGUUUUGAUGAAAUGGCCAAAUAUGACCUCCCAGGAAUAAUAGACUUCAUUGUAAAGAAAACAGGCCAGGAGAAGUUGUACUUCAUUGGACAUUCACUCGGCACUACAAUAGGGUUUGUAGCCUUUUCUACCAUGCCUGAAGUGGCACAAAGAAUCAAAAUGAAUUUUGCCUUGGGUCCUGUGAUCUCAUUCAAAUAUCCCACAAGCAUUUUUACCAGUUUUUUCCUACUUCCAAAGUCCAUAAUCAAGCAUAUGUUUGGUACCAAAGGUUUCUUUUUGGAAGAUAAGAAGGCAAAGGCAUCUUACAUCAAAAUCUGCAACCAAAAGCUGCUUCGACCAUUGUGUAGUGAGUUUAUGUCCCUGUGGGCUGGAUUCAACAAAAAAAAUAUGAAUAUGAGUCGACUGGAUGUGUACAUGUCACAUGCUCCCACGGGAACGUCAAUCCAGAACAUCCUGCAUAUAAAACAGCUUUACCGAUCUGAUGAAUUCAGAGCUUAUGACUGGGGAAGUGAAGCUGAAAAUAUGAAGCAUUACAACCAGAGUCGCCCUCCCAUCUAUGACCUGACAGCCAUGAAGGUGCCCACUGCCAUUUGGGCUGGUGGACAUGAUGUCCUCAUAACACCUCAAGAUGUGGCCAGGAUACUUCCCCAAGUUACAAAUCUACGCUACUUCAAACUCUUUCCAGAUUGGAACCAUUUUGAUUUUGUCUGGGGCCUUGAUGCCCCUCAAAGACUGUAUAGUAAAAUCAUAGGUUUGAUGAAAGAAUAUCUCUAAACCCAGAUCAUUUUCAGUCAAAAUGUGCUUCCAAGCCCAUGGAUGGCUUUAGGAAAAACACUGGUGAAUGUUGAGGUUGCCUGCAACAUUCCCUUGCUAUUGUUGAAGUGUUCCUGAGUCUCAGUACUCCACCUAGGAAUGAUGACUUGUGCUUCUCAAAGAAAUGUCUAACUCUGAAAUUCCAGGGUGUUAUCUCCUUGAUGAAGAUCAGAAGCAGACUCUCUUAUGAAGACAAUAUAAUCUAGCGAACAUUUCUUUGCUAAAGGUAUAAUUGUGAGACUUGUUAAAAGAGGACUUUCUCAAAAGCUGAGGGUGUACCUUCGGUGGUAGAGUGUUAGCCUAGCAUGUACAAAGUCUUGUGUUUGAACCUCAUAUAUAUGCUCUCCUCUUUUUCAAAGAAUUAAAUGUAGGCAUGAGAAUGUGGCCUAAAGAGAAAAACUUGAUCAAGGCAGCCAUUGGAGUACACAUUAUGCGGUUGUGACUUUGUCAUACCUGAAGUCAAAAUUUGACCGGAAGGCAUUAUAAACAAAACACAAAUCAAAUCUUAGCUCACAUCAACAAACCCAUAAAAGAAAA